UAUUCAAUAUCCAUUCACCACCUCUGCUUCGUCUCCUAUCGUCUCAAUCCCCUUCUUUAUUUUCUCUCAAAUGUCUCUUUACAGUGUUUCUGUGUAAAACCACCACAAUGGCCACUGAUUUAUUGAGGCUUUCGGUAUUCCCUCGCCAGAAAUUUAGCUUCGCCUAUACCACAAGGCACCGUUUAGACGACGCCUUUGACUACAAUGCUGCUCACCUUCGGAAGCGUCGCCGUUUCAUCCGCCGGCCACGAGCCAUUCCUUACCUCACUCUUUCCAGCAGCAAACCUCAACUGCAAGACUCGCCGUUGAAAGUCCAUGAACGGCCUAAAGACUCGCCGGUUCUCCUUGACGUCUCUGGAAUGAUGUGCGGUGGAUGUGUGUCUCGUGUCAAGUCCUUGCUCGCCGCUGAUGAUCGAAUUGAAUCUGUCGUGGUCAACAUGUUGACUGAGACAGCUGCGUUGAGGUUGAAAACGGAGGCUGUAGAGAGUGAAACCUCCGAGGAUAUCGCGGACAGUCUUGCUCGGAGAUUGACUGAUUGCGGAUUCGAGGCCAAAAGGAGGGUUUCGGGGCCGGGAGUGAAGGAGAAUGUGAAUAAGUGGAGGGAGAUGGUUCAGAAGAAACAAGAGUUGCUUGUCAAGAGCAGGAAUCGAGUGGCGUUUGCGUGGACUUUGGUGGCUUUGUGUUGUGGAUCUCACGCUUCACAUAUUUUGCAUUCUCUUGGCAUCCAUGUUGCCCAUGGUUUAUUUUGGGAGGUACUGCACAAUUCUUAUGUCAAGGGUGGUUUGGCCUUGUCUGCCCUGAUUGGACCUGGAAGAGACUUACUUUUUGAUGGUAUAAGAGCCUUCAAGAAGGGAUCGCCAAACAUGAAUUCUCUUGUGGGAUUUGGAUCAGCUGCUGCAUUUAUCAUCAGUGCGAUAUCUCUUCUUAAUCCUGAGCUCAAAUGGGGUGCAUCUUUCUUUGAUGAACCGGUGAUGCUUCUUGGUUUUGUGUUGCUAGGACGUUCACUUGAAGAAAAGGCAAGGAUUAAGGCAUCUAGCGAUAUGAAUGAACUUCUGUCACUGAUGUCCACUCAAUCCCGUCUUGUCAUAACUUCAUCAGAUAGCAACUCCCCCGCUGAUUCUGUUCUUUGCUCUGAUGCAAUUUGUGUUGAAGUCCCCACUGAUGAUGUUCGAGUUGGAGACACACUGUUGGUUCUGCCUGGAGAAACCAUUCCAGUAGAUGGUAGAGUUCUUGCUGGAAGAAGUGUUGUGGAUGAAUCCAUGCUCACAGGGGAAUCACUACCAGUAUUUAAGGAAGAAGGCCUUGAAGUCUCAGCUGGAACUAUAAACUGGGACGGUCCUUUAAGGAUUGAGGCCUCCUCUAUUGGUUCCAACUCCACAAUAUCUAGGAUUUUCCGCAUGGUCGAGGAAGCUCAAGGUCAUGAAGCUCCCAUACAAAGACUUGCAGAUUCAAUAGCUGGGCCAUUUGUAUACAGUGUAAUGACCAUUUCAGCAGUGACUUUUGCUUUUUGGUACUACAUUGGGUCACAUGUUUUUCCAGAUGUGUUGCUCAAUGAUAUUGCUGGACCAGAUGGAGACGCUUUGCUUUUGAGCUUGAAACUUGCCAUUGAUGUCUUGGUUGUUUCCUGCCCCUGUGCAUUGGGCCUUGCCACACCCACUGCAAUUCUAGUUGGAACUUCACUUGGAGCUAAACAAGGACUGCUUAUAAGAGGAGGAGACAUACUGGAACGCUUUUCAACCAUUGAUUACAUUGCUUUAGACAAGACUGGUACCCUCACUGAAGGAAAACCUGCUGUUUCUGCAGUGGCUUCAAUUGCUUACAAGGAAUCAGAAAUUCUUCAAAUUGCUGCUGCAGUGGAGAAAACAGCAUUGCAUCCAAUUGCAAAAGCUAUUGUGAAUGAAGCAGAAUCAUUGAAAUUGACUAUCCCAGAAACAAGAGGGCAAUUGACAGAACCAGGUUUUGGAACCUUAGCAGAGAUAGAUGGAUCUUUGGUUGCAGUUGGUAGUUUAGAUUGGGUUCAUGAACGAUUUCAGACAAGGACAAACCUGUCAGAUCUGAGGAAUCUUGAAAAUGCGGUAACCUGUGAGUCAUCAAAAGGGAUUCUAUCAUCAAAUUAUUCCAGAACGAUUGUCUACGUUGGACGUGAAGGGGAAGGCAUCAUUGGUGCCAUUGCAAUAUCUGAUAGUUUGCGCCGUGACGCUGAAUCUACUGUGCAUAGGCUCCAGCUUAAGGGUAUCAAUACCCUCAUCAUAUCAGGAGACAGGGAAGAGGCAGUUGCAAACAUUGGAAAGAGAGUUGGAAUAGGAACUGAAUUUAUCAAUGCAUCUUUGACUCCACGGCAGAAAUCUGGUGUUAUAUCAAGCCUUCAAGCCGCAGGACAUCGCGUUGCAAUGGUAGGUGAUGGGAUAAAUGAUGCACCUUCUUUGGCGCUUGCCGAUGUUGGGAUUGCCCUGCAGAAUGAAGCUCAAGAAAAUGCCGCAUCAAAUGUAGCAUCAAUUAUACUCCUUGGCAAUAGACUUUCACAAGCUGUAGAUGCCUUGGAUCUCGCUCGGGCAACAAUGGCCAAAGUAUACCAAAAUUUAUCAUGGGCUAUUGCUUACAAUAUUGUUGCCAUUCCCAUUGCCGCUGGAGCAUUGCUUCCCCAAUAUGAUUUUGCCAUGACUCCCUCACUUUCAGGUGGGCUGAUGGCUUUGAGCUCAAUAUUUGUUGUGACCAACUCAUUGCUUCUACAGCUCCAUCAACCUGAGAGAAGCAGCAGAUAGAGCUACUACGUGCGUGUAUAUAUAUAUAUAUAUGUUCAUUCAAGUUUAAACUUCUGGAGUGUGCUUGUAUAAUAGAGGGUUCGUUUGAACCACCAGGAAAUGAACAAAAUUAAAGAAGACAAUUUCAGUUACGUGCAUAGAUCCACGUUUUCAACGCAAAUGAUGAAUAAAUUUUUAACAAUAACUUUUAUCA